AUGACUGGUGCUUGCACAGAGCUGAGCCCUGUUGCAGUGGCCCUUCGCAUCGAUCCCCUCAACGAGGCAGAAGUAGAGGAUGGAGCUGCCCUGGUUGCCCGCAGCGUGGGCGAGCAGAGGGUGGUCUUGAUGGAUCCAAGCAAAGAUCCAGAUGACGUCUUGCGAACUAACAGAUCCUGAGAAAAAACAUUUAUAUUUGACAUGGGUUUUGAUCACAGAGCAACCCGGGAGGAAGUAUAUGUGUCCAUGACCAAAAGCCUGAUAGAAGGAGUCAUUUCUGGCUACAGUGCAACCAUUUUCGCAUAUGGUCCAACAGGAGCUGGAAAAACCUCUAUGAUGCUAAGGAUGGACUGUGAACCAGGGAUUUACAUCCGCACUCUUGAUGAUCUUUUCAAGGCCCUCAAAGCUACUACCAAGGAGAUGGAUUACAAGGUCUCCAUGUCCUACCUGGAGAUCUAUAACAAAGUGAUCCAAGACCUCCUGGACCCAUCCUUGGGGUUCUUAGACCUGAGAGAGGACCCCAGACGCAGCAUCCAGAUAGCAGGAAUCAAAGAAGUCUCCACUACAAAUGCUUGGGAGAUCAUGCAGCUGUUAAUGAAAGGAAACAAGCAACGCACCUAGGAACCCCCUGCUGCCAACAAGACGUCCUCCCACUCGCGUGCAGUGCCACGGGUGACGGUGACGCAGAAAAGCCGAAGGAAGGCAAUCGACAAGGAAGUGCGAAUUGGAAAGCUUUUCAUGGUCAACUUGGCAGGGUCGGAGAGAGCAGCUCAGACUCAAAACCAGAGCAAGAGGAUGAAGGAAGGAGCCCACGUCAACCUCUUGCUGCUGGCUUUGGGUAACUGCAUCAAUGCUUUCAGUGAGAACAGGGGGAACCGGGCCCAGUUUGUCAAUUUUUGAGGUGGCAAACUCGCGCACCUGCUGAAGGACUCGUUAGGGAGCAACAGCAGGACUGUUAUGAUUGCACAUAUCAGCCCAGCCAGUACCUCCUUUGAAGAAUCUCAAAUGACCUUGAUCUAUGCCUAUCGAGCAAAAAACAUCACGACACAGGUAAAAUGUAACCUGCAGAAUGUCUCCAACAGCAUCGACCAAUACACCAGCAUCAUCACAGACCUCGCAGAGAUUGAGUGUCUGAAAGCAAGGGUUGAAAACCAAGAGAAGAAAAACAAGUGCAGUCAGCUCCGACCUCAGGGAUCUGCAAGCAGGGAGCAAAUGGAGAUGUGUCGCAGCCUGAUGGAGCUGGAAAACAACACUGAGCUGCACAUUGAUACCUGCAGGCACCUCCUAACAAUCACGAAGUGGGAACGAGAGAAGGCUCAGGGUGAAUGCAAGUAUGACAAGCCAGCGAAGAAGGAGAAAGAUGAAAACACAGAGGAGGAAGAUAGGGAAGUGGAUAUCAUAAAUUCACCUGAACCUCAUGAAGUUACAGCAGCAAGAGACGAGAUCAACCUGCUGCUGGCAGAACCGGACAAGACCGUGGCCCUGAAGCUGGAGCAGCACUUAGCUAAUGCCAAGGAAAAAGCUUCCCAGAUGGAGGAGUUUUUCCCCAAACAAAUCACCAGUCAGGAUCAGUAGGAGGUGCUAAGGCUUCUCUGCAGAGCCCAUGAGCUUGAGCUUGGCAACACAGAACUGCAGGCAAAUACACCGAAUGAGGAGAAUCUAUUGUGCCAGAAGGAUUUUAUUAUCCAGCAACUGCAGCAGCACGUGCUACUCUGCGAAGAAACUAUUCAGUGGCAGCAGAUACUGCUAAAAGGAGCGGAGCAAAUAGCAGGUGGCUGGAACUAUGGAAAACCCCGCAACAGCCCUUCUCUGGACGUAAGUCAGCAUCUCGAUCCUAAUAAAGAUGAGGUCAGAAAGGGUCUACCUGGGAACAUGAAGGAUAUUCUCUGGGGAAUGAAGUUUGACAUUCCCUCCAUCACCCUUGAGUCAGACAG